AUGAACUUCAAAUCUAUGCAACUGCUCUUGCUCUUGACCGCCGUCUUGGUUUCUGGAACACCAUGUGACCAACUUGAAGACGGGAAAGCGUACACCGUCACGGAUGCGUUUGAGUGCAUUGAGUCGAUUACCCGUGACUCGACGUGGACAACUACAAUUCAAACGGGAUUACAGAAACUCUUUGAGACAUACGCGUUCAAAGACAUUUUGAAGAACCCCCCUCAGCCGGCGUUUAAUUCGAGUUUUUAUCGAACGAUUGAUAUUGACCAGAGACUUAAGGAAUUGCCUAUUGAUGAACAAUCAGUGUAUAAGUUCAUGCAAAGUGUACAGGCUAUAGUGAAUGAGGCAUCCGACUACCACCUCUCAUUCAGAUUGACUUCCGACGAGAACAAUUUGUACUACUACGACGAGAUGUACGCGGUCCUCCCAUUCAUUCUUGAUAUUGUCAAUGGCGACGAGGUGAUUGUCUACCCGAAUGAUGUCGUUGAGAAGUUUGGCUUGAGUGUUCCUGAAGGGAUCACCGACAAUGUGAAUGUCCCUGUACAGUCUAUUAAUGGAUUAGAGCCACUUCAAUGGAUCAGAAAGUUUGCAGAGGAACAGACCUUCUUAAAAACACCACACGGGCGAUUUACAUAUGCCGUAGAGUCGAUGAACUAUAUGUCUUUACAAAGGACUUUGAUGACUAAAGAAGCAUUAGAUGAAAAGAUUAAGAUAGUCUACACCUCAGGAAAUGAAGCUUCAACGGAAUAUAUGAUCGCAUAUGUCCCUAUAGCGACAAAGAAUAUCACUUCAGAGAGAAUUGAACGACUGAAGGAUAAAUUGAUGGAAAAGCACGGAGUCAAUAUUUUAAGAGCAGAGGACUUCGUUGAAAGUAACUUGAAGGAAGACAAUUCGUACGACUAUGAAUCAAAAGACGCCAAUUUGGCGUGUAAAACGUUUGAAACACAGAAGGUCAAUAUUAUGGUGUUGAAGACUUUUUACCCAGAAGACUUUGUCCCAAGCUUCUUUAAAACACUCAACACGUGCAUUAAACAAUUUGACACAAACGAAUAUCCAAUUUCUCUCAUUUUACCGAUGAACGGUGGCGGUCUCGGAGAUCUCGUCGCGUCACUUGAAGACGUCUUCGCACCACAAGGAGACUCUUCUAUGAUCGGAGCUGUCAGAAUCAGUGAUGGGAGUGUCGGUGUUAUUAAAAGCUCAUAUGGGAUGAUCAUGGACGACACAGAAACCUGUGAGAUGCGGUAUAAUGUCACCGGAAGUGAUCAGCCACUUGGUGAGUGGUAUACCAAUGCUAAAACGGUGAAAUACGGCGAUGUCGAACACACACAUUCACAAGAGAGUUUCGUGUCCCACGUCGAUAUGAUCAAAGAAAAAUUAGUUAACCACCCACGAAAGCCCACCGACUUCGUUGUCUUCACUGAUGGCUUCUGUUAUUCAGCAUGCUCAGUCUUUGCUAAGGGUAUGGCAGAUAGAGGGAAUGCUAUUGUAGUUGGAUUUGAAGGAGACCCUGAAGGAACCAUUGAAGAGUUUGAUGCCGGUAAUUCGCCGACUGCUGUUGUGACACAAGAUGAUACUCAAAUGCCGGAAGUGACGGAUCCAUUGAAGAGUCUUGGUGGAUUAAUGAGAAUUUCCUUUUUGGAGACGUUCCGAUGGAACUUCAAAUUUACGGAGACGACGCCGCGAGAGUUUAUUAUGAAUGUAGUCGACGAGAGAACCGACAUCUUCCGAUUUGGAGAGAACAAACUUGGGCAAUUUGCGGAUGAGACUUUGAGGAUUUAUACGAAGUACAAGACGCAGUGUAACCCGAAGAAUAAACGCCUUCUUAAAUACGAUUCGGCGUGUGACAGUGCAAUCACUAUUGCACAUGCACACGGUGGGUAUGUGUGUGGGGAUGAUGGGUUGUGGAGUACCGUAUGUGCUGCUGGGUAUUGUGACGAUGGGUUCAAAUGGGACUUUUACAAUCAAGAGUGUGUUGUAGAUGUUUGCGCGGGCGUUGAACCGUCAAGUUCGAAUGAACAAAGUUCAGAGAUGCCAUCUCCUUCUUCAACUACACCAGUGGAGUCGUCGACUACUUCAAUAUCAAGUAGUGAAGAGAAAGACAAGACUACGGAAUGGAUCAUCAUUGGGGUGUGCUCAGGAAUAUUUUUGCUUAUUAUCAUUGUUGGAGUGUGUGGAAUUGUUGGCUUUGUCAUCUACAGAAAGAAGACUCAGAGGUCGGAAUACACCGCAUUGGGAUAA